AUGCACAGCCGAAUUGGCAAAUGGGCUUUAGCGCUCACUGAAUACUCUUUAACCUUUAUGCCUUUAAAGGCAAUGAAGGGACAAAUAGUAUCAGAUUUUAUUGUAGACCAUGCACUGGUCGAAAAUCCUCAAUUUCAAGUUGAGUUGAAACCUUGGAAAUUAUUCUUCGACGGUUCCACUCAUAAGAAUGGAAGUGGGGUUGGGAUAAUGUUACUCAAAAAAUUCGAGUACGUCGACAUAAAACAUGUUCCUAGAAUAAAAAACCAAGAGGCUAAUGACUUAGCACAAAUAGCCUCAGGGUAUAGAAUUUCAAAAGAAAAGCUAGAAGAGCUUGUCAAAGUAAGAGGAAAGGCAAUGGCUGCCAGAUUAUCUCCGACGAAUUUGGAAAGCACCCAGUUAGGAUAUGCUAACAAAGAGGAGUUUGAAGUAUUGUCCAUUGACACCUUGAUAGAUACAGACUGGAGGAAUCCAAUUAUUAAUUAUCUCAAGGACCCUUCGACAGACACAGAAAGAAAAACCAAGUACAGGGCUCUAUCUUAUAUAUUGAUAGGGAAUGAAUUAUUCAAGAAAACCCCUGAAGGGAUCCUGUUGAAAUGCUUAGGAGAAAGCGAAGCUUACUUGGCAUUAUCCAGUGUACACAGUGGAGCUUGUGGAGCACAUCAGGCAGGCCAUAAGAUGAAAUGGUUGCUUUUCAGAAAUGGAAUGUAUUGGCCCACCAUGUUAAAAGAUUGUAUAGAGUUUGCUAAGGGUUGCCAGGAAUGUCAAAUACACGCAGGAAUUCAACAUGCUCCUGCAAGCAAACUUCAUACGAUUAUUAAGCCUUGUCCCUUCAGAGGUUGGGCAUUAGAUCUAAUUGGUGAGAUUAUACCCCAUUCAUCCAAAGGUCAAAGAUACAUACUUGUAGGAAUUAACUAUUUCACUAAAUGGGUCGAAGCAGUACCUCUAGUAAAUGUGGAUCAAGAGACUGUUAUCGAAUUCAUUCAAAGGCAAAUUUUAUACAGAUUUGGAAUCCCAGAAACCAAUGGGCAAGUUGAAGCAGCCAAUAAAGUGAUAAUUGGGCUAAUCAAAAAGCAUGUAGGAAAAAAGCCAAAAAGUUGGCACAAAACUUUAGACCAAGCACUCUGGGCUUGUCGAACCUCCCCUAAAGAAGCCACUAACACUACACCUUUCCAGCUUACAUUUGGACAUGAUGCAGUACUACCUGUCGAAGUCUACUUACAAUCAGUGAGAAUCCAAAGACAAGGAGAAAUCCCAUCUGAUUUAUACUGGGAAAUGAUGAUAAAUGAGUUGGUGGAUUUGGACGAAGAAAGGUUACAUGCGUUAGAAGUAUUAAGAAGACAGAAGGAGAGGGUAGCAAGGGCAUACAAUAAGAGGGUCAGAGGUAAAACUUUUACUACGAAUGAUUUAGUAUGGAAAGUCAUAUUGCCUAUGGAUCGAAAGAAUAAGGCAUUAGGAAAAUGGUCUCCAUAUUGGGAAGGACCUUUUCGAAUUCUAAAAGCCUUUUCAAACAAUGCAUACGAAAUAGAAGAACUAGUAGAGGAUCGAAGGAUCCUAAAAGUAAAUGGAAAAUACUUAAAGAGGUAUAAACCAUUUAUGCACGAAGUUAGAAUCAUAACAGCAUAG